CGCGUGCGCGAGCAGCCCUGUUUGUUUGUGUUGAGAGAUUGGAAAUGGCGGAGAGCAGAGACCAAAGCGAUAACUUGGGUUUGCAAACGCGAGUGCGCCGUCAUUGAAACACAGAAACCACCCACAAGUAAUUCUCGGAGUUACUUACGAUUUGCUACUGCCGAUGGGAUAUAAGUCGGACACAGCGAAAAAGGGAUUUUUGGAACAAGGUUUGGAUUUAGCAAGGUGGUUAGCUGGCUAAGCUAACCGUGCUAGCAGCUUGGCGUUAGCUAGCUUCAAGUCGUGUGUGAUUUUAACCACGCAGGCUUGUUUGUCAACAUAAGCUGACGUUAAAUUGCCAGCGAGCCAGCUAACACACAACUUUUGCUCGGUUUCCAAGCUAACCCACCUCAGUUUAUAACAUGAUCGCCGCAGCUGACCGCAAAAUGAUCAACCCAAAGUAACAGUGGAUAAAAAAGUCAGACAUCUGACUAUCCUUGUCGCCAGCAAGCAGUAAGUUAAGCUGGUUAGCAGAGUGGGCUAACUGGCUUGUUUUACGCACAGUCUAAGCUGCCGUUUGCAUGGGAAUUAAUCAUCCUAGCGUGACAACUUACGACCAGACCCCGUUGGCAGGAUCAUUAUUAACAAGUUAAACGGACGACAAAACAGCCAGAGGCCAACAGGCUUCUCCCCGCACCUGGGAUGGUGCCGUGUGACAGAGUGGCCGUGGAGCCAUAACCCCACCACCACGCUCCAUCAUCUCGACUCUAAGCUGUUUUCCCACCACUGAUCUCGCCCCCUCCACCCCCUCCUCCCCCCUCCCCAGCCUCCCUUCCCUCCCUUUAGCUUUGCUCUGAGCCCUGGACAAGGCCACCACAGCCACCACAUGACUCACCCACUGGAGCCCUAGAUCAAGUCAGUUGAAGCUGAAAAUGAGUGCAGUAGGGGAAAGCCCCCUGGACCCUGCCACGCCAGAGUCACGCAAGAGGAAGGGCUCACCAUGCGACACAUCAGGGCAAAGUCUGGAGAAGCGGAGACGGGAGCUGGAGUGCCGCUACAUCGAGGAGCUGGCUGAGCUGCUGUCGUCCAACAUGGGCGACAUUGCCAGUCUCAGUGUCAAGCCCGACAAGUGCCACAUCCUCAAGAGCACUGUGGACCAAAUCCAGCAGAUCAAACGGCGUGAGCAGGAGAAAGCAGCUCUUCUGUCUCCAGAUGACGAGGUGCAGAAGAGCGACAUCUCCUCCAGUAGCCAGGGGCUGGUGGAGAAAGAGGCACUGGGGCCCAUGCUGCUAGAGGCCCUCGAUGGGUUUUUCUUCGUCGUCAACCGGGAGGGCCGUAUCGUCUUUGUUUCGGAGAACGUGACGAGUUACCUUGGAUACACCCAGGAAGAGCUGAUGACCUCAAGCGUCUACAGCAUCCUCCACGUGGGAGACCACAAUGAAUUUGUACGCAAUCUGCUGCCCAAAAGCCUCGUAAACGGUGUACCGUGGCCACAGGAACCUGGCCGAAGGAAUAGCCACACCUUCAACUGUCGCAUGCUGAAGAGGCCGCCGGACGAGGUGGAUUCAGAAAAUCUGGAGGCUCGGCAGCAGUACGAGAUCAUGCAGUGUUUCACCGUUUCCCAGCCACGGGCCAUGCAGGAGGAGGGAGACGACCUGCAGAGCUGCCUGAUCUGUAUCGCCUGUCGGAUACCUCGCACCCAGCCUGUCAGCAGUGAGUCUUUCAUCACAAAGCAGGACCCCACAGGGAAGAUCAUCUCCAUAGAAACUAGUGCUUUGCGAGCGACAGGCCGGCCUGGCUGGGAGGACCUGGUCAGGAAGUGCAUCUACGCUUUCUUUCAGCCGCAGGGUAAAGAGCCCUCCCACGCCAAGAAGCUGCUGCAUGAGGUGAUGACCCACGGCAGCGCCAUCAGCCCGCUGUACCAUUUCACGUUAAGUGAUGGCACCCCGCUCAGCGCUCAGACCCGCUGCAAGUUCUGCUGCCCCCCCAACCCUGACGUACAGCCCUUCAUCAUGGGCAUUCACACUAUUGACAGGGAACACAACACUGCUAGCUCUCAGGAAAACACUAACCCCAGCCUUCCACCGACCCUCAGCAGCCUUUCCCAAACUCCCUCCCGCUCCCCGACCCUCCCCCCCAGCAGCAACUCAACCCAAGGCUCGGGCCUCGCCGCCUCGGGCCUUCACCCCAACAACAGCAACGCCUCCUCCCACGGACAUAACCCAGCCACACCCACAGGCUACCUGACGCCCAAUCGGACGUGUCCCCAGCAGGUCAACAGUCCCUCUCCUUUGAGCAGCCCACUCACAGCCACCCCUACCUCUUUUAUGUCGCCCAGGAUGCCACGGGCCAGCCCUGGGUUAGGGGGAAGCCCUCGGGUACCGGGGAACCCCUUCUCUCCCUCCACACCAGGCCUCCAUUCCCCAGCCGGGGCGCUGAGCAGUGGAGGCAGCCUCAACCGGCAGCAGUCUGGUGGUGAUAGUGGCAGCGGUGGGUCAGCGGGGUCUUUCUCCCUGUCCUCUCCUGUCCCGCAGAGACAACCCAGUACGCCCACCGGCUCCUCCACUCGGCCUCCGUCGGCAAAACCCCCAGAGGGAGGAGAAGGAGGGGGAGAGGACUCUGUUAAAGCCCCCCUUCCUUCUUCCUCACAGCUGGGCACCCCCAGACUCAAUCAGCUCCUGGAUAGCAACGGGGCAGCGGUUGAAUCGAACAGCAACAGCAUCCACUGCACCUCAUCACCUCAUCCUCCAAAGCCCGCCCCCGCCCCUCAGUGCCCCGCCUCCCACAGUACUCUAACGGAACGACACAAGAUCCUCCACCGGCUGCUCCAGGACAGCAGUCCCAACGACGCCUCCACCGCCGCCGAGGACGGAGUCAACAAAAACGAAGUCGAGAUCAAGAAGGAGCCGCCCGCCAGUCCGGCACUCACCACAGCACCUCCAAAGUCCAGCUCCAGAGAGCCACAGGACCACCAGUUACUCCGCUUUCUCCUGGACACAGACGAGAAGGACUUGGGCGACCUGCCUCCUCCGUCUGCUCUCAGCCUGCAGACGGUUAGAGUAAAGGUGGAGAAGCGAGCCAGCGGGGAGGGGGUGCCCUGCACGGUGUCCACCGUCGCAGCGGGAGGUGCAGCCAAACCCGCAGGAGUCUCCAGCAGCUCGGCCUGCAUCAGCCCCAUAUCGAGUCCAGUCGGGGAGAACCGCCGAGACAGCCGCAAGGACAGCAGAGACUCCACGAUGUCUGGUGGCCCUGUUGACAUGGACCCUCUCACCCAGCUGCUGCCUGGCCUGAGAGGCCCAAGUGGGGCCAAACAGGGCAGCGAGGAUUCAACAACCCCUGGAGGAGGCCCCAAGCUCCAGUCUCCGGCCCCCCAGGCCCAGCCCCCAGCUCAGCUCCAGUCCCCCGUGCCUCAGCUCCAGUCCCCCCUGUCCCAGCCCCAGUCUCUCCCCCAGUUGCAGUCGCCGUCGCCCCAGCUCCACUCCCCUUCCCCCCAGCUCAAACUGCAGUCGCCCACCCAGCUCCAGCCCGGCGAGGCCAGCACUCCCCGCAACGUAAAUGUGAAGAGAGAGCCUCCCGGCACUCCUAACAGAGGGCUCAGCGAUGGCGGACCCCCGUCUGGUUGCAGCCUCCAGAGUCAGUCGUCGUUCGACUUCUGCAGUCCCCCCACUCCAAGCCAGACGCAGGCCCAGGGACAGGGAGACCCCUUCCAGACCCCGAAAGACAGCAGCCCCUUUCCAGAGGCGGAAGUCAUCAACCCGUUCAGUUCAAGCACUGGCCUCACCAAGAUGGACGUGGGAGACUCCCAGUUCCAGCCCCUGGCUCUGUCUGACACCUUGUCUUUCGAUGGUCUCGGCACCCCUCUACAGGCUCCGUUGGCAUCACCACAAGAGCAGUGUGUGCCCUGUACGCUGGACGAAGUGCUCGGUCCUCCGACCACGCCCGAAGGCCGAAACGACGAGAAAGCUCUCCUGGAGCAGCUCGUCUCCUUCCUCAGCGGGACUGAUGAGAGAGAACUGGCUGAGCUGGACAAGGCCCUGGGCAUCGACAAACUGGUACAGGGUGGCUGCUUUGACCCUUUGCCUCAAAACUUCCCAACCCAGCAACCCACUGCCUCCCCAGUUUCCAUGGACCCUAAACUCCCCACCUACUCCUCCCAAUUUACACCAGCUCCUCAAGCUCAGUUUCCUCCAGAGCUAGCCACGGUGGGGCCGCAGGGUGUGGGGUUCGGAGCCCCUCGGGGGGCUUUCCCCGGUGGGACGGCCAUAGGCCUGAGGCCGGGCAUGACGCGACCGCAGGGGAUGGGCACUCAGAUCAGGCUGCCACCCAACCAACUGCGCCUGCAGCUGCAGCAGAGACUGCAGGCCCCGCAGCAGCUCCAGAACAGGCUGGCAGGCAUAAAUCCGUUUCCUGCAGGAGCCCAGCACGUGAACAUGGGUAUUCGUCAGGGGAUUCAACAACCUCAGAUGCCCUCACAACAGCCUCCACUGAAUGCCCAGAUGCUGGCCCAGCGUCAGAGGGAACUCUACAGCAUCCAGCACCGCCAGCGCCAGCUUUUCCAGCAGAAGGUCAUGCUGAUGAGACAGAACAUAGCAGGCGCUCCGACCGGAGCCGUGGGGCCCAUCGGAACUGCCAGGGUCCCGAAGGGUCCCCCCACAACGCCUCAACAGCAGCAGCAGCAGCAGCAGCAGCAGCAGUUCAACUUCCCGCCAGGGUACACCCCGAUGACGGGAAACCCCCCUACCUCACAGAGUCACUUCAGCCCCAUGUCCGGGGGUCCUCUGGACAACAAACUGUCCGGCAGAGUUCCUCUGAAUAACCAGACGCUGAUGGGCGGCGCGCAGGGCCAGUUCAGCAGCACCGUGAACUCCUCAUUGCAGCAGGGCCUGUUUCAGCAGUUUGGAGGGACUGCUAUGGUCCAGCAAGACCCAUCCUUCCCUCCUGAGAUGAGCCCGACCAGCCCGUUGUUGUCACCUCAGAACUCAACUUCCCAGAGUCCUCUGCUUCAGCAAGCCCCGCCUCCUGGCUACCAGUCACCAGACAUGAAGAGCUGGCAACAGACGGGCAUGAGCAGCAACAGCCUGUUCAGUCAGUCAGGACAGAGUGCAGGGCAGGCGUUCGGCCAGCAGGGGGUUUACAACAACAUGAGCAUCACCGUCUCCAUGGCUGGAGGCUCGGGCGGCGUCGGCUCGUUACCUCCCAUGGGGCAGCCGGUUGGCAUGAGCAACAGUAACCUCAGCAACGUCGGUUCAGUGUGCAGCGACCAGCAGGUGCAGCAGGUUCAGGUGUUUGCGGACGUCCAGUGCACAGUGAACUUGGUUGGCAGCGACUCCUACCUGAAUCAGGGCUCCAUUGGCGCCACGGCCGCCCAGAAGGGCCCCGGACCGCAGGGCUCCCAGAACAACCAGGCCCAGCAGAAGAGCCUCCUCCAGCAGCUGCUCACCGAGUGACACCUCCCCGCCCCACCCCGUGGUUUUAUGGUUUUUUUCGGCUCUCCUACUCCCUUCUACUUCUCACUUCUAUAACGCCUCCUCCUCCUCGGAGGUCAGUGCACCAGACCCAUUGCUGUCUCUGUCUCACCUU